CGAUCUUUCUAAGAAAGUUGUUGCAUUUGCUCCAACCUCCCAUCUCUUUCCUCUAUUAUCAUCAUCCACGCGAUGGCUACUCAUCCUGAAGUUCUAUGGGCGCAGCGAAGCUCGGUCACUGACGAAGAGAAGAACAUCAUCUAUCUCACCGUCAAUGUCCCAGAUAUUCAGCCUUCGACUCUAGAAUGCAAUUUAACACCUACUAGUAUAUCAUUCAAGACGAAAGCCGGAAACCCAGAAAAGGGUAUCCCUGAGAAAUCAUACGCCUUCGACCUCCACUUUUUCGAGGAAAUUGACCCCGAGAAAUCUCUGAGGCGUCUGAACACUCGUUCUCUCUUUCUAACGCUUCGAAAGAAAGAAAAGAAGGAGGAAUUCUGGCCUCGUAUUACCAAAGAGAAAGUCAGGAAUGCCUUCUUGAAGACGGAUUUCAGUAAAUGGGUCGACGAAGAUGAACAAGACGGUGUUGCGGUCGAAGCUGAAGACGACAUGGAGGCCAUGGGAGGUAUGGGUGGCAUGCCAGGAAUGGGUGGUCUGCCAGGCAUGGGAGGCAUGGGCGGCAUGGGAGGAAUGCCAGGCAUGGGAGGUGAUAUGGAUAUUGAAAAGCUCAUGGCUCAGAUGGGUGGAGGAGGCGCUGGACCCUCUGGCGCUGCAGAUGAUGGCUCCGAUGACGGUUCUGACGACGACGGUCCUCCUCCUCUCGAGGAUGCUGAGACGGCCAAGUAAGGCUGUAGAAGAAAAUAUUCAUUCCUGGGUCUGCUCGGGUGUAGCGCGAUGGUUCUGUUUCCUUGCCGCGCGUAUGCACGACCACCGGCAUUCAACUUGUAGCUUUUAGAAUUUAGUAGUAUUAUUUGCACUCGAAUCUUGAAACUGUGUUGUUCAGUGUCCAUUUUAGCUGUUCUGGAAGCAAAAAAGCAUUCAAGGAUAAUUUAUCAGAGCCGCCCUAUAUACGUUAGACAAGUCGGCAUGAGCCCCUAUAGUUUGCCGUGUCUUUGUUUGUCGAUAUCCUGGU